UUGGUGGUUGCUGGAACACGUGGUCGGUGGGGCUCUGUACCGUCUGGCCGUGUGACUGGAGACAGAGAGGACAGAGGCACGGGGAGAGAACGCGGAUAAGAAGUACUAAGCCCCGUUGCAAAGGCUAUGUACCGCUUGCCGACUGCCGCUGUGAGAGACAGAGAGAAGGCGAAAGAGACACAUUACAGAUAAGAAGAACAAAAGAAAGGAUCUGUAACGCUGACUGUCUGGCAUUGUGAGGAGAGACAGAGAGAGUCAAAGAAAGAGAGAGACAGGGACAGCGAGAGAAAGAGAGCGUAAUUCCCUCCUAACGUGCGAGAAGGGGAAAAGGACAGGUAUAAACAGUGAAGUAAGGACAAGCACCUAUUCACCUACCUGUCCACGACGCCCGGUAAAGACAGGUGGGGAUACGAAGGAGCGACGCAUUCCUCCACCUCCCACCUACUGGCCAACACUACACCGCCUGCGACAACGAGUUAAUAACCGAACCUCCGUCCACGGCAUCCUUACCCAACCCAAGGCAACACACGCUAACCCACGGGGACCCAAGAGAACCUAACCUGACCCAAACUAACGGAAGUCAACCCAAGAUAUCCCAAGCUAAACUAAGGUAACCCAAACCAUCCCAAAACCAAACCAAUCUAACCCAAGUCAACCCAAGACAACCCAAGCCAAACUAAACUAACCCAAGUCAGAUCAACCCAACCCCAGUGCCUUGCGGAGGGUAAAGUGACGGGGGACAGCCGCUCACCGUCACCCGUUCAUCCGUUCACCCGUCAAACCGUCACCCGCCCAAUAACCAUCCACCGACCGUCCUGACCAUCACCUGUCCACCCGUCACCCUCUCAACACCGUCCACCGCUGACCGUCACCCAUCUAACGCCCAUCGCUGACCGUCCCCCACCCACCACACGUCUGCGGGCGCGUGGGUGUGAUCAGCGCCCAUGAGGGUGUGAGGGGCGGCGGCGGCGUGCAUGCCAUGACCGUGACCGGCGGCGCCUCCACCAUGAUGCAGACGGUACAGCCUUGCUUCGUCGGCUACCCCUUCCAAGGGAUGACCUCGCCAGCGGGUCAGGGGCGGGUCAACCAGCUGGGGGGCGUGUACAUCAACGGGCGGCCGCUCCCCAACCACAUACGGCUCAAGAUCGUGGAGAUGGCGGCGGCGGGCAUCCGACCCUGCGUCAUCUCCCGCCAGCUGAGGGUGUCCCACGGCUGUGUGUCCAAGAUACUCAACAGAUACCAGGAGACGGGUUCGAUCCGGCCCGGCGUGAUCGGGGGUUCGAAGCCGAGAGUGGCCACGCCGGAGAUCGAGCGGAAGGUGGCGGACUACAAGAAGGAAAACCCGGGCGUGUUUUCAUGGGAGAUACGAGACAGACUGAUCAAGGACGGGCUCUGCGACAGGAACACGGCGCCCUCCGUCUCCGCUAUCUCCAGGCUGCUCAGAGGCAAGGAGGACGACGACGACCCCAAGAAGGCCAAGGAGGCCAUGAAAAACGCCAGCUCGGGCUCAGACGUGGACGAUGGGGGCUCCGAGGACGAGGACGACCCGCAGAUGAUGCUGAAACGGAAGCAGCGCCGCUCCCGCACCACCUUCACGGCGCACCAGCUGGACGAGCUCGAAAAGGCCUUUGAGCGGACGCAGUACCCGGAUAUUUACACGCGCGAGGAGCUGGCACAGAGGACCAAGCUGACGGAAGCGCGGAUACAGGUGUGGUUCAGCAACAGACGGGCGCGCCUUCGUAAGCAGAUGGCGUCGGGCAGUAUGAGCAACUUCAACGCCAUGGGCCUGCCGAUGUCCUACCACUCCGCGCCCUCCUCCUACGUGUUCCAGGGCUUCACCGACCCAGGGGCAACCUUCUCCGCGCAGGCCCAGGAUGGGUCAGGUCUGUACCAGGGGGGCGGAGGGCCGGGUCUCCACCAAGGGUCGCUCGCCUCCGAGGCCCGCGCUGCCAACAUGAGUGUCGCCGCCGCCGCCGCCGCUGCCUCCUACCCCGCCAUGAGCGCCGCCGCCGCCCUCUCCACCUCCUCCUCCUGCCCCACCUCGCCCUUCAUCGGCCACCAGAGCGCAGGGGGCAUGUGCGGUGGGCAGGGAGCAGGGGGGGCGCCGGGCGGGGUCACCUCCCCCCUCACUUCGGCCCCUCCCUCCUCAUGGGCCUCCAACCAGCUCCGGGGGGCCAUGGGGGGCGCUGCCGGCUCGCCCCCCAGCGCCGCCCCCACCCUCGCCCCCACGCCCUUCCCCCACGGCCUCCACCACGCCCGCACCCCCGCCCAGCACUUCCCAGCGCCCAUGUACUCCUGGUAUUAGCCGCCCUUGUACAGAUCCGGGAGGCUUCUGACACACACACACACACACACACACACACACACACACACACACAAGCACGGACGCACGCACGCACACACGCUUGGACCUUUUAUUUAUUUACUUUUUUUUUUUGCUCUUACUCUUCAAUACUUUAAAUCAUUUCGCUUCUCUUAAUCUUUCUUUUUCAAUACAACACACACACACACACACACACACACACACACACACACACACACACACACACACACACACACAUGAAAGAAGGAAGAGGGCGAGGGGGGUGGGGAUCAGGUCAAGUCAGGGCGCGGGUCACGUGACUCAGUGACCGGCGCCCAUUGGCUCACGCGGGGCAGCACGGCAGGUCAGCGAGGUCAUCGAGGAGGGGCGAGGAAGUGUGGACAUCAAGAGGUCAUACUCCAGUCAUUGCUGAGGUCACACCAAGGCACUGCUGAUUAUUGCUGACGUCGACCUCCAUCUAGGCACUGCUGACGUCGGCUCUUCAAGGUCAUGCUGAGUUCAGACGACAGACAGCUGACCUGGAACAGAAGGAUGUCAGCUCUUGAAAAGCUAUACUGCUGACCACUGCUUAAAAUACUGCUGACUACUCUUGGUAUUACUGCUGACCUACUCAUUGUUAUACUGCUGAUCCACUCUUGAAAUACUGCUGACUUCACUUUAUUUACUGUGUGUGUGUGAGAGAGAGAGAGAGAGAGAGAGAGAGAGAGAGAGAGAGAGAGAGAGAGAGAGAGAGAGAGAGAGAGAACGAAUAAAUGAAUGAAUUAAAUAAUGAAUGAAAGAACGAAAAAGGAAGAAAGAAAGAAAAAGAAAAAAAUGAAAGGAUGAAAAGAAAGAAAGAGAAUCAAAGAGAGAGAGAGAGAGAGAGAGAGAGAGAGAGAGAGAGAG